UCCGGUUUCGUUUGUUGUUGUCUUGUCUGUUUCCGGUGUGGAUGCAGCUGUUUGAGAUUCCAACAUCAAAAUGACCAAACUGCAGCUGCUGAACGCGUACCUAACGGAGCGGCUGACGGUGGUGGUGAAGGAGAUUCUGGACGUGGUGGAGGACACGGUGACCGAGUACCGGGAGGAGACGGCUAGAACCAAGCGGGAGAACGAGAGCCUGCGGAGGCAGCUGCGGGACAUCCUGCUGCUGGAGGCCGAGACCGAGUGGCUGAGGUCCACCAGGUCCAGUCUCGGUGUCGUGGCUCCAGAGCAGCAGCUUGGAGAUCAGGAGCGGAGGGCCCGGUCAGAGGAGCCAGACUCCACCCUCAGCCAGCCCGGACUACCUCCAGCCAAUGCAGCGAAGGCGGCACACGAGCAGGUGGUGCCUGUGCAGCUGCAGUCGGUCCAGAGGGAGGCCCUCACCGGGCCCAUUCACUUGCCGGUGGACAAGAAACCCCCAGAACCAGAGCUGAAGUCUGACCUUCCCCAGGACGUAUUCAGGAAAGUUUCACCUCUUCCCUCUCACUCCUCCCUGAAUCCCCCCUCCUCCUCCGUCCCCAAAAUCCACAUCGAGGUUCCGCUACUCAAGGAGGGGCCCCGGGCCGCGGCUCCGGCGCUGAUCAAGACUGAACCGGACGAGUACAGGGUGAGCGAACCCGAAAGCCGCUCGGACUCGGGCGCUCACGUUCCAGCGAAAGAGUCGGGUUUCAGGAGCAGAGUGGAGGCCGAGAGGACGGUGCUGGUGCGCGCGGAGCCCCGGGAAGCUCAGAAAAGCAGAAAGUCCUCCCAGGAGCGGUCGCCGGCGGACGUCAGCGCGGUCGCCCCGUUCAUCCCCGAGCUCGUCCACCGCUGCCCCCGCUGCGGCGAGGCGUUCGGCCAGGCCGCCAGCCUUCGCCUGCACCUGGAGCAGAAGCGGAAGACCUACGCCUGCGACUGGUGCUGCAAGUCCUUCGCGCAGUCGGCCGACCUGCGGCGCCACCUGCGGACGCACACGGGCGAGCGGCCGCACCGGUGCACCUUCUGCUCCAAGAGCUUCAGCCAGAGGGGGAACCUGAGGAGGCACCUGCGCAUCCACACGGGCGAGCGGCCGUACAGCUGCCCGUUCUGCUGCCGCACGUUCAGCGACGGGGACACCAUGAAGAAGCACAAACGCACUCACUCGGGGGAGAAGCCGUACCGCUGCGCUCAGUGCACCAAGACCUUCACCAGCGCCAGCGGCCUACAGAUACACCUGAAGAAGGACAUGUGCUUCGUGGCCAACGCCUGAUUCUCGCGUACGGACUCGCGCGAAUCAGACCAGACUUUAAAGUUUAAGCUUCUCAACGCGGAGGAGAAGAUGGCUCUCAUGAUCACGUCAGAUGCAUCACCUCGUCUCUCUCCUCCUCCUGAGUCCUCAGUGCACUUUAUGUUUUAACCUGUUUAUCGGCAGCUACAGACUCCUUCCACGUGUCCGUGUUUAUUUAUUUAGUCGUCCGUCCUCUGAAGUUCUCACAGCUGCAGACUGAAGGCUUCUCUCGCUCUGGAUCUCGUCAUCUCUCGUGUUCUUUGCUUUCAGCGUGUAUUUCGUCUGUCUCAGAUUCAGGUCGAAGAGUGUAUGUGUGUGUCAUCAAAAGCGGCCCUUUCAUUUCACUGAGCUGUCAGUCGGUCGUCAGGUCGGUGUUUCUACACACGAAGAUGUUCGUAUCAGCAGGAAACUGAAAAACAACCCGCGAAUGAAUAAACACGUGAUGCAGUGGCUGCGUUUCCGUGGACACCAACUUAUCAGGAAAAAAAUGUCUCACGUAACCACCUCAGUCAGAAUAUGUCCAUGUAAACGCGGCCACUGUUUAUUCUUCGUGUGCUUCUAGAUGUUGGAUCGAAGGAAACGUUUUCACUAAGGUUCGUUUAAGCUCCAAAAAGCCUUUAGAACCUCAGAUAAGUCGUCUUCACUGCGUCUGAGCUGUUAAAUCUGGACGUUUCCGAAUGACACGAAGCUUCAGAGUCGCACGUUGUUUUCGGUCUUUGAGCAGAAGGAGGUGUCUGUGGUGUGAAUGUGAGCAGCUCGUCUGCAGCGUCAGUGCUUUUUGAUAAUAAAUGUCUCUUGAUUGAUCGAACUGAUUGGUUUCUGUUGUCGGAUCAGAGGAUGACUCACAGACUCUUGUUCAGUUUCGUAAAAUCACAGCUGUUCAAAUCUGUCAAAUCUG